UUUUCUGUUACUUUGUAGUGUGUAUGACGUUUCCUCAGCUUUUUCAACAGAUGUUGUUGCAAAUUGGAAAUCUUCGAAAGAGUGGGAAUAUCAUUCUCUGAAUCUCGUGUAACAAACAAGAAAUUCACUCACAUGCUGCUAUUGUUUACGUCUUGUGACUAACCUACUACCACUCACAUGCAGCAGUUAUUUUUUUAUAUAUGCAUAUAGGACAUAUAUAAUUUCAUAUACUUCUCACAUGAUCUUAUCUCUUGCUAUCCUUAUGGCUAACAUUCUCUGCUUCCAUUUAUUCUUUUUUGUUCUGCAUAUGUUGUUUUUAUCACAACCACCAACUGAAGCUCACAGCACAGGGUUCAGUUUUAAGCUAAUCCAUAAGAACUCACCCGAUUUUCCCUUCUACAAAUCAGAUAAAAAAUUUGAUGAACACAAAUUUCGCUCAUUUAACCAAGUUCCGAAGAAAUCAUUUGUUCAGAAAGGUCCUUAUACUAGAGUGACAUCUAACAAUGGGGACUAUCUCAUGAAACUCACGCUGGGAUCGCCACCAGUGGACAUGUAUGGUUUGAUUGACACAGGUAGUGAUCUAGUGUGGGCUCAAUGCGUACCUUGCAGUCGCUGUUAUCGGCAGAAAAGUCCAAUGUUUGAGCCUCUAAGGUCUAAAACAUACAGUCCUAUUCCAUGUGAUUCAGAGCAGUGUUCAGUUUUUGGUUACUCCUGCUCUCCUCAAAAGCUGUGUGCUUAUAGUUAUAGUUAUGCAGAUUCUUCGGUAACAAAUGGGGUUCUUGCAAGGGAAACAAUCACCUUUAGUCUUACUGACGACAACCCAGUUGUUGUCGGAGACAUUAUAUUCGGGUGUGGACAUAGUAACUCCGGAACGUUCAAUGAAAACGAUAUGGGAAUAAUUGGAAUGGGUGGAGGACCUCUGUCACUUGUUUCACAAAUUGGAACACUUUAUGGGCGAAAAAGAUUCUCCCAGUGCCUGGUUCCUUUUCAUACAGAUACACACAGUUCAGGAACAAUCAGUUUUGGUGAUGACAGUGAUGUUUCAGGUGAAGGAGUAGUUACAACUCCUUUGGUCUCUGAGGAAGGACAGACUUCUUAUUUGGUCACACUCGAAGGCAUAAGUGUUGGAGACACAUUUGUGUCUUAUAAUUCUUCUGAAAUGCUUUCCAAGGGGAAUAUAAUGAUUGAUUCAGGUACACCAGCAACAUAUUUACCACAAGAAUUUUACAACCGUCUGGUAGAAGAAUUAAAAAUACAGAGUAACCUGAUACCGAUUGAGGACGACCCGGAUUUAGGCACACAACUUUGUUAUAGAAGAGAGACAAAUUUAGAAGGGCCAGUCUUGACUGCUCAUUUUGAGGGGGCAGAUGUGCAAUUGAUGCCAAUACAAACCUUUAUUCCACCAAAAGAUGGGGUAUUUUGCUUAGCAAUGGCUGGCACUACUGAUGGAGACUAUAUAUUUGGCAAUUUUGCUCAAUCAAACAUUUUGAUUGGAUUUGAUUUAGACAGAAAGACAGUCUCCUUUAAACCCACUGAUUGCACCAAUCAGUAG